AUGAAGCAAAAGAGCAUGAAAACAUCGUCCUUUCUCCAGGUACCUUAUAUUCCGAUCAACAACAAGAACCAACAACAACAAUCUUCUUCUUCAAAACGCUCCCUGACUAGUGGUGGUUCGCCUUCUAAGGAAAAAACGACCAACCAUGAAAAAAUGCAAAGCAGCCUCUCGACGACCCUGGAUCACUCACCAGCUCUUCCUCCUCAACAACCUUUUCAAACGGAAGAGUUUAGUUCGGAUAGAUCCUGGUCGGAGUGUUCAUCGCCUGCAUCAUCAUCAUCAUUUUGUGUUACGAAUAGCAAUUCAUCCUCUUCUUCACGAAUAGAGGUUGUUUGUCGGUUUCGGCCGCUUAAUGAGAUGGAAAAAGAAUAUGAUCCCGAAAGCUCAGUAAUAUCAUUUGAAGAUGGAGAUGAAAGCACUUGUAUUUUUAAAUCAAAACGAGUUGUACAUAAUUUUACGUUCGACAAAAUAUUUACUCCUAAUUCAACACAGGAAGAAAUUUUUGAAUUUGUUGGAAAACCAGUGAUAGAGGAUGUUUGUAAAGGAUAUAAUGGAACAAUUUUUGCCUAUGGUCAAACAGGUUCUGUUAUUGAAGGACAUUCAGACAUAUCGUACACAAUUGACGUCUCCUUUAUUGAGAUAUACAUGGAGAGAAUUAAAGAUUUACUGGAACCUAUUCAAAAACAACUGAAAAUUGAAAGAAAGGAACCAAAAGGAGUAUUCGUGAAAGGAGCAAAGGAAGUUCGAGUGCACUCAAGCAAAGAAAUUUUUCAACUUUUGAAGAAAGGAGCAUCCCAUCGAGUAAUUUCUUCAACAAGAAUGAAUUCUGAAAGUUCUAGGUCUCAUACAAUAAUUAUUCUUUCCCUAUGUCAAAAGAACAUCACAACAUCCGAAACGAAAUAUGGCAAACUAAUAUUGGUAGAUUUGGCAGGAAGCGAAAAAACAAAGAAAACGGGUGCCGUGGGAACCACUUUGGAAGAAGCCAAACAAAUUAACAAAUCACUCUCAGCAUUAGGAAUGGUUAUUUAUGCGCUAUCAGAUUCUGGUGGAGGAAAGCAUGUACCCUAUCGUGACUCUAAAUUGACAAGAUUAUUGGAAGACUCGAUAGGAGGAAAUUCAAGAACAAAGUUAAUCAUUAAUUGCUCAAUGAGUCCUUUAAACGAUGAAGAAACUUUAUCAACAUUACGAUUUGGGUCAAGAGCAAAAAGAAUUCAAAACAAGGUGAAAGUCAAUCGAGAACUGUCACAAAAGGAACUGAAGGCAAUGUUGGAUAAGGCAAAAGAAGAAGUGCUGCAAUUGCGACAAAUAAUUAAUUCUCUCAAGGUUCAACAAAAAGAAGAUGAGAAUAUUGAGAAAUUAAUUAUUCGACAGGAAAUUGAUCAAGUAUCUAAAGAAAAAGAAAAACUGCAGGACUUGUUGGAAGAUCUUACUGAAUUUGCAAAGCGAGGAAGUGCAGAAGUGUUAAAAAGCAAAGUUUUGCGCUCAGCCUCAAUAGUUCACCUGCACAAAGGAGACACACCACCGCGAAGGAGAUCGAUGAUUGGCCGUUCGAAUCGAAGCAUUGACGGUCUUGAAUGCACUUCACCACUCGGGUUUUACGACAAGAACGAAUGCUUUUCUGAAACGUCCUCAGUGACUGACGAUGACGAGAUACAGGAUUGGUCAGAGUUCCAGGAAAGUGUCGACAAAAUGGACAAGCUGCAACUGGAGUGUUCGAAUCUGUCUUAUCAAAACAACAAACUAGAACAGCAAGUUGCAGCACUAAAAGAUAGAAAUAAGGCUCUUGAACAUCUGUUACAACAAACACAAAAUGAACGAGAUAUGUGGAAACAGGAAGCUUUAGAUGUUUCUGACGUGUUGAAUCGAACACUUCAAAGCAGAAUCCAGGACUCCAUACGAAAUCAGAACACGAUGAAUGGCAAUGUUAAGGCAAUAGAAAUGCUAACUCUAGAGAUGAAGACUCUUCAAAGUCAAGUUUCGUUUUUUGACAUUUCAUCUCGAUCAACACUUAAAGAAUGUGGUGCUUUGAUGUUUACCCUGACAAAAGCAGGAUUUUUGAAUAGGGCAUCCGCUCCAGAUCUUGUGCCUGCAUCACCUACUAGCAAAAGUCAUCCAAACCUGCGAAUCGUCAAGCUGUGA